AACGUCCGGUAGCAUACAUGUAACAAUUAUUUGAUUUAGUGGGUAAAGUAUAAAAGUUAAAUUAACAAUUUCUAGGUAGGUCAUUGUUUAUUAUUUAACAAAGGGUGAAGGAAAUCAUACUGGAAGGUGAAAAUUAAAAAAUUAAUGUGAAAAUACAAAUUACGUUGUACAAUUUCUAAAAGAAAAGAGAUAUCGUCACGGUCAGAUCAAAAUAUCGGCCCGAUUUAUACUAUCGGCCAAGUCAGUCAAAUAACGGGUACGUUUUCGUUAGAGAUAAAUACCGCGGUUAAUUGACUGAACCAUGACUUAACUAUAAAAUGUGUGCUAUAAUAUUUUAUUUGACCGACCGUCACUCGAUCGAUUAUAUAAAUCGAACUUGAAGUAAGUAUUAAGGCUCGAUUCAUACUGUCGGUUAAGUCACGGUCAGAUCAAAAUAUCAGUCCGAUUUAUACUAUCGGUCAAGUCACAGUUAAGUCACGGCACGGGUAUCGUUAGAGAUAAAUACCGUUGUUAAUUUUCUAGACCAUGACUUGACUAUCAAAUGUGUGCCGUAACUUGACCGAUGUUAUAAAUCGGGCUUAACGUGAGCAUUAAGGCCCGAUUAUCGUUAAUGUCGGUUAAGUCAUAGUCAGAUCAAAAUAUCAGCCCGAUUUAUACUAUCGGUCAAGUGACGGUUCGGUUAUAGUUAAGUAACAAAUUAACUUCCUACGUCCAUAGGGGUGGGGGGCGUGAAUGCCUUAACACCCUCCCAGUGGUUACGCCACUGUACGAUAUUUGCAAUGUAUCUGUUACUGACUGCUCAAUGCUGCUCAGGUUGCUGAUAACAUUGAGACCUGACGCGAGUUCAGGUAGCAAUACAAUACCUGUAAUAAUAGUAAUGCAAACAAUGGUAAUAUUAUUAAGAGGAGAAAAAUUCUACUCCAUCAACGCUUGCGCCCAAUGACUGAACAACAAUCGACAGUUGUUGUUCAGAAGAAGCGAAAUGCAGAUGGUCGUUACUGCUUCAAGUUCGGUCUCGGUUCCCCGUGUUCUUUUUAUCUUAAAUUCGUGGGACGUGUUUUAGGUUAAAGCAGGUAUAAUAGGUACAUAAUAAUACCCUUUUGGACACUUUCACUCGGGUACGUCAUUAUGCAGUCAUCUAAUGCAGAUAACAAAAUAGAACACUGAUACCGUAGAAACGAUAAGAUAAAAGCGCCGUACCAUUCUGAAUACAAAAAAAAUGCCAACGCAAUUUUUUGGUUCGUGUUAUUUUUAAUUAUUUAAAUAAAAACAAUGAGUAAAGUACCGACUGAGUGCUUAUAUACAAUUAUAGAUUAAUGUGAUUCGUGUUUUUAAAACUGUGAUUUAUGCGAGAUGGAGCCGGAAGACAACAUAUCGGUUAGGGUGGCUGUAAGAAUUAGACCCCAAAUACCUAGGGAAAUUAUUGAAAUGUGCAAUGUUUGCACCAGUGUUACCCCUGGAGAACCCCAAAUAUUUCUGGGAUCUGAUAGAGCAUUUACAUAUGAUUAUGUUUUUGACAUGGAAGAUUCUCAAGAAACAGUUUACAACACCUGCGUUGCAUCUCUAGUGGAAUCUGCUUUGGAGGGGUAUAAUGCAACAGUAUUAGCAUAUGGACAAACAGGGUCAGGUAAAACGUAUACCAUGGGUACAGGUUUCGAUAUCGACUUAAAUGCUAGUCAGGUGGGAAUUAUCCCGAGGGCAGUCGAACAUCUCUUUCAUGGGAUUGAUUCGAAAAUUAAAACAGCCAGAGAAAAUGGUAUGGUUGCACCGGAGUUUCAAAUUAUGGUUCAGUUUAUGGAAUUAUAUAAUGAAGAGGUCAUUGACCUUUUUAAUCCAAUAUUUAAUAAGGAAAAACUGUAUAAAAUUCAUGAAGAUCCGUUCACGGGGAUACAAGUUAAAGGGAUAAUGUUAAAGACUGUAAUGUCUGCGGAAGCGACGUUACAGUGCCUCCGAAUGGGGGCUCUAUCUCGAACAACAGCUAGUACCCAAAUGAACACACAUUCUAGUCGUUCUCACGCAAUUUUUACAGUCCAUGUAAAACAGCAACGCUUAGUACCUUCUGAUGAUGGUAGUAAUGAAGUAGAAACGUUGACAUCGAAGUUCCAUUUCGUAGAUUUAGCUGGUUCCGAACGAUUAAAAAGAACAGGAGCAACAGGAAACCGAGCCAAGGAAGGUAUUUCCAUUAACUGUGGCUUAUUAGCUUUAGGAAAUGUAAUAUCUGCUUUGGGUGACCCAAGCAGAAAAGCCCUCCACAUACCUUACAGGGAUUCCAAAUUAACCCGAUUACUCCAGGAUAGCUUAGGAGGUAAUAGUAAAACUGUUAUGAUUGCUUGUAUAAGUCCUAGCGACAGGGACUUUAUGGAAACUUUAAAUACGUUAAAAUAUGCUAAUAGGGCUAGAAAUAUUAAAAAUAAAGUAUUAAUUAAUCAGAGCAAAAGCUCCAGAACUAUCGCACAACUAAGACAACAAAUUGCCCAACUUCAAUUGGAACUUAUGGAAUAUAAGCAAGGUAAACGCAUUAUCGGACAAGAUGGAAACGAAAUAGUUAACGAUAUGUUCUACGAAAACAAUAUGCUACAAAAUGAGCUAAACAAUCUAAGAACUCGAGUAAAGGCUAUGCAAGAAACUGUAGAAAAUCUCUCCGCUAGAAAUGCAGCAUUAUUAACUGAGAAGGCAGCGAAAAAUUGGAUAGGAACUGGAACUGACAGUCAAGUAGCUGACAUGAUUCAAGGCUACUUACAAGAAAUUGAAGAACUGCAAGCAAAACUCAUGGAGUCCAACAGCACUUGCGAAUUGUUACGAAAACAACUUGCCAAAUAUCAAUCCACAAGUAUGUACAACAAAUUGAGCAUGGAUAUGUCACUUGGAGAUAUCUCAUUAGUGCUCGAAGAAGCUAAAAAAGAACUUAAACUUCAGAAAGAGUCUUUGAUAAAAAGCAAAAGUCACAGUAUGUCGGAAGUGGAUUCCGACAGCAGUACCGAUGUAGAUUUUGAAAGUGAUAACGAAUCGAAAGACAUUGACGCCGAUUUAAAACAAGAAUUACUUAAUAUAACAACUGAUAUUGACAUGAAGCAAAAACUUAUUGACGAAUUGGAACUCUCUCAGCGUCGCAUGCAAACUAUGAAACAACACUACGAGGAAAAGCUGUUACAACUUCAGUCUAGAAUUAAAAGUACACAAGAAGAAAGAGAUAAAAUGCUACAGUCCUAUUCAGUAAAAUCUGAUAAUGACGACAACGUCAAAAAAGUGAAAGAAGAAUACAGCAGAAAAAUAUCAGAAAUGCAAAAAGAGCUUAAAAAAUUGCAAGCAGCGCAGAAAGAACAUGCGCGAUUGUUGAGGAAUCAAAAUGAACAGAAAAACAAACUGCAAUUGUUAAAAAACGAACUCACCGAUAUGAAAAGGGCUAAAGUUAAACUUAUUAAUAAAAUGAAAGAAGAAUCUCAGAGACAUAAGGAGGCAGAAAGAAACCAAAUAAGAGAAAUUGCUCAGUUAAGAAAGGAGUCUAGAAAAAAGGCCAGUCUUCUUAGAGCUAUGGAAGCAGAAUGUAAAAUAAAGGAACAAGUUUUGAAACGUAAGCAAGAGGAAGUAUCCCUCUUAAGAAAGAAUCAGAUGCGAGGCCUUAGUGCUAAAGCAGCAGGUAGAAUAAAAAAUGAAUUUUCGGAAAAAGCAGUAAAACGUAAAUGGUCGCAAAUUGAAAAAGCAAUAAACAAUAUUGCAAUGAACAGAAGUGGCUUAGUGCAACAAGAAGUUCGCAUGGAACAUUUCUUAGAAAAACGGGAAGCCCUGGGUCGUGAGCUGGAGAUUCUGCAUCAUCGCAGAAAGCAAGCACUUGCUAAAAGCCAGGACACAACACAGCUAGAAAGCCUUAUAGAAGACGUGGAAGAAAAUAUAAAAUACGUUCAGGAAACUAUAGCAGAAGCGCAACAAAAUGUAAUGGAAAUCGAAGAAACACAAGACGAAAGCGAAGAGAACAAUAUACAAAAAAUUAUAACAUCUCUACAAGAUGUAAACGAAGCUAAAUAUCUAAUUCAGAAACUUUACGGUAUGACUCUUAAUCACAGUCACUUGGUAGCUCAAAGAGAGGCGAAACUGAAGGAAAACGAAGCAACUCUAGAAGAGCUUAAACAAGAAAACGCUGUUAAGGGUCAACUGCUAGAUCAUAUUCUUCACACUGAGUAUCCAGUAUUUAAUAGAGAAAUUGCCCCUCUCAGUACUUCCAGUAAUACUAAUGAAACAAGUUCAAACAAUACUAGCAGAUCUACGUCACCCAUACCUUUAGCUGUUCCAGAAAAUAAGUCAAAAAUCAGAAAGAGAACAGCAGACCCUUCGGAGCUACUUUUUGGAUUGAAAUCAGAAACAAAUAUUAUGACCAAGUCAGAGAACGGUAACCAUUUACAGCUAGAGCAGCCUUUAAAGCGGAUACCGAGUUCUCCGGGGAUUUUAAAGGACGAGCGAUUAUGAAAGUUCGUGACCUGCAACCCACGAGGGAAAUACAAAAGCAAUAUCCCAGUUUACCUCCGGAGACAUUCAAGCAAAGCAAUGGAUUUAUUCAGAAACCCCUUUCCUCUUUUAACUUACACAAAGAGGUUGUCCUAAUAAUAAUAAUAGCCACACUGUUUCUUUUCAUUUUCUGGUGGAUUAAAGGUCUGGGCUUCUUGAUAGUAUAUGACAAUACCAGUUAAAUUAUACAUCGACAGUUGUUUAUAAAUAACGGGAGGAAUGUUUAAACAAAAAGUCAAUCUCGUCAGUCAUUAAAUUAGGAGGGCAUGGAAGGUGAGAUCAGGAAUAGACAAGUCUCGUAUGUACAUUCUAACAUCUAACACGUUAAGGUGCUACUUGUUGCGAAUUUUGCAGCUAAUGUAAAACAUAAAAUUAAUAUCCAGUCUUGCUUAUGUACCUUAUAGUUCAGUGAUAACGAUUUUACAAAACAUACUUAAAUUCCUCAAAUAAGAACGGUGUAAAAUACAUUAAGAAAUUUUUUCUUUUAGCAGCAGUUAAAAACUAUUAAUUUAAUUUCUAACCGACUACAGAUUACAUCAAGUUAAUACGGAAAAAUGCUCCUGCUAUCACGCCCUCGCCGGGAAUCGAGCUCAGGUCCUUGGUUUAACGCUCCAAUGCUCUGAACACUAAGCUACUGCUGUCGCUCUCGUUGCCUAUUGGUUAGAGUAUUGAUGCGUUAAACGAAGAACCCGGGUGAGGUCGUGACAACAAUUUUUCCUCAUUUACUGGAGGAGAAAUUAAAUUAAUUUUACAUUAAUAUUUAGAAAUUAUUGUAAAAUGUGUAUCUUGCAAUUUGAAAAUUUUCAAAUGCCUAUAAACAUCUACUUGUAUCUAUACAACUUAGGUCUUUGAUUAUCAAAGCUUCAUUUAGAUAAAACUAUUUGCGUAAGUUAAAAAAUUAUAAAACUUACAAACCGACACAAAAUAAUAGGUGGAAUAGAAGAUAUGAAGUUACGUAUUUUAAGUAGGUAUACAGCUAAAAAUGUGAAUUAUUGAGGCCUUUAAAUUAUUAACCCACAUGUAUUACGCAUUAGCAAAAUUUAAACUACUUGUUCACGACAUAGCGACCGUGGAUAGCAGCGUAGAGGCUAGUUUAUUCAACUAAUAAAAUUACCUAUUUUAUAUAUGUAGGUUGCAAAAUUUGUAUCAACAAAUAUUAUAACACAUUUAUGUAUUAAGCCGAUUUAAGUUUAUAGCGUAUAUAUAAAGCCAGUAUUUUAUACUACAGUAGUCAAACCUAAAAGGGUCGAGCGCAGAAAUAGGUAGGUAGUGUGCCACCACAUCUUUCUUUCUCUGAAGUUUUUGUGUUUAUAAAUAACGAAAGAAAUGUAUAGAGAUAGAAAGGAAAGCAAAUCAAGCCACGCUAGAGAGAGAAAGGAUGUAGUGGCACACACAGCCUAUCCUUAUUUGUGUUAGAUCAUGCUGCUGUAGUUUCAGAUGCUGCCUUCAUGUAUAUACUCUAAAGUCUUAAUAGUUUCCAUUUUCAUCCUUAGCAUCUUUAUAUUUCAUUUAAAUAAUUUUGUUCAUUGAAGUGUUUUCAUCUAUUUAUUUAAUUUAUUUUUGCUCUAUUUUUAAUUUAUUGGAUCAGUUUUUAUUUGGUGAAAGUUCAUUAUGAAUAGAAGGAACAAGUAAAUGUUAAUUAACAUCUUACUGAAUUUUAUUUAAACUGCGACAAUUGUAACAUUUCCAAUAAUAUUGUAAACUUGAAAAAGAAGUGUAGAAGAAGAAACAAAUGUUGCAGUUUAAUAAAAUACACUUGACAGUUUUAUCAUUUAUUUAUCGCUUGUGUUUAUUAUAGUAAUUCUGUAUCAAAUUUCUGAAGACUGUUAUUCUAUUUUGAUCAUUCCAAUUAUUCAAAUUAAGAGAAAAAAAAACUUAAUAUGAUACACAGUAUGUGUUAGGUAUCUGGUGGUUAUUCAGUAAAUAAUAAGUGUAUUUUUUAAAAAAUGUACUUAAUAGAAACUUGUGAUUAGAAGAGACUGCAUGAUUAAUCUUGUUAGAAGUUACAUAUUUUAAUUUAUUUAAAAGCAAACUGCAAAAUUAUUGACCAACUCAACGAUAAAUUUAUGCAUUUAAUGAUGUUACAUUUUCAGUAUACUAUAUUAUUACGUUCAUUAUUCUUGCCAGACGAGGUAGUUUUAAUUAACUUCUUGUGGUUUUCAUUCUUAAUUUAGUGAUGGUUUCCUAUUUAAUUAAAAAUAAUCGCAAAAGUAUAUAUCUAACUAAAUAAAGUUACCUG